AUGGUUCUGGUAGCAGCUCCCUUGAAUGAAGAGAGUGAGCAGAGAAGUGACAAAGUUCAAAUGGACAAUUCUCUAGUGCACAAUAAGAUUAAAAUUCUCGAGGGACAUACUGAGCACUCAUCUAAUGAUUAUGAAGACAGUGACAUACCGUUAGCUCCAAGGUUAAUUGAAGCAGUUGAAGAUGGAGGAGUUUCCACGAGUGUUGAAAAUGUUAGUCAAAGCAAUUCAAAGAUAUUUGAUACCAUUAAGCAGGCAGUUAUAUUGGCAGAAUGUCUUGACAUUAAAAAGAGUACACCAGAUGAUGACUUGCAGGACUGGCAGAUGGCUCCUUAUAUAGAAGCUGUGGGUGCUCAGAAUUUCUCCUACUUUAUGGCACAGGAAGUGCGAGGGUACUUAACACCAGCUACAGACAGAAUGCACUAUGCUUACUGUGUUGACUUCCCCACCAUACCAGCACUUCUCAAGGAGUAUGCUGAACUUAUGGUGAGCUGUGGUAUUGUUGGAGAUGCCUUAAGGAUUUUCGAGGAACUUGAGCUAUGGGAUAAUCUUAUAUAUUGCUAUCGUUUGUUAGGCAAAAACCCAGCAGCAAUUGAUCUCAUCAAAGAGCGCCUACAACAUAAUCCAGAGGACCCUAGACUAUGGUGUUCACUGGGAGAUGUUACUCUUAAUGAUGAUAACUACAUCAAAGCCUUGGAAGUUUCUGGUAAUAGAUUUGCUCGUGCUGAGAGAUCGUUAGCAAGAAGUGCAUAUAAUAGAGGGGAGUACAAACUGUCCCGAAGUCAUUGGGAAGCUUCACUUGCUCUAAAUUCACUACAUCCAGACGGAUGGUUUGCACUUGGUUCAGCAGCCUUGAAGGCCAGAGAUUUUGAUAAGGCCAUAGAUGGUUUUACACGAGCUGUACAGCUUGAUCCAGAUAAUGGGGAGGCUUGGAAUAACAUUGCUUGCUUACAUAUGAUGAAGAAGAGGAACAAGGAGGCCUUUACUGCUUUUAAAGAAGCAUUAAAAAACGAACACAAUAAGUUUCCUGGUAAAUGUGGUGCGAGCAUACCUGUAGAGGAAAAGAUUUGCAUUCAGAGAUGA